AUGCUUCGUCAUCCUCAUCGUACAACUAAAUACAGUGAAUCGAAUUUCACUGAUUGCUGCCAAACUCACAAUGCAUACGAGGUGUCCCUCAAUAAUGGUCAAGCGGUGGUCGUGUACACUGCGGCUUCUGGUCUUACGGAGAUCACAUUGGCUGAAAUUGUAGAUGACCUUGGUUUCCAGACUCGGCCCUUACCGAUUGAAUCCAUUGUGCCUAACUAUACGCCUGCUCAUCAAGGAACAUUGGUUCAUUCCCCACUGAUCAUCAAGAAUCCCCCUUCAGAUUGGUCGAAGGUUACGGCGGCCUUGCUUACCGUUCCUGGUGUUUUGAUCUCUCAUGGUGACACGGAGAAGAACGUUCUUAAUGUGUGGCAUAUUUCAUCUAUGGUUCCGUUAUCCGCUGUGUUGCGCAAAGUCGCGGAUUCGGGGCUGAUCGUAAUUCACGCAUCUAGUCACCCUCGGCAGACGCAUGCCAUGUCGGCUGUUCAGAUGAAUUUACCCCAUUUAUCUCAGGGAGGUGAUGUUCUGAGAUCGGUCAAUUUGCUCAUUGUGCAAGCUAAUUCAAACCCGUUUAACGUCAAUUGGACUGAGGUCAUUCGAGCGGCGUCGGAUCCACAUGCCACCAUAGAGAGUGUUGUGCUCGCGUCAGACAUUCCCUCAGGUCGUGCUGUUUUACAAGUCAUUCCCAGGCAAUUUACAAACCCGCGUUUAUCUGGUGUUGGCAACCAGUCUGAUCUCUCCAAAUUCUCGCGAAUUCUUGCUGAUCGUCUGACCACUUUAACUUUUCCUGCUGCUCGUAUAAGAUCGGUAUUACGAGACAAGAGCCCAGUAAACCUAUUGGAAGGUCAAUCGGAACAAAUGAUGUUAUUGAAUGAUGGGUUUGAUGCUUUCAAGACAUCCAAUCAGGUAAAUUUGAUUUAUGUCCUUUAA